ACAAUUUCCUCAACAAACGGCCUUGGCUUUUCUUUCUUCGCAUUUCUCUAACUCUUUUUUCUCCUUCUUGAAUGCAAUGGUUAAUGCAAUGGCAAUAGACUGCAUGCACUCCAUCCCUCAACCACCAAAAGAAUCCCCAUUGGUGUUUGAUGCCUCCGUCCUCAGCCACCAACUCAACCUACCGUCACAAUUCAUUUGGCCUGACCACGAGAAAGCCUCCGUCCAUGUCCCUGAGCUUCAGGUCCCAUUCAUUGAUCUCGGAGGCUUCCUUUCUGGCGAUCCCCUCGCUGCAAUGGAAGCCUCAAGCCUUGUUGGCGAAGCAUGCCGGAAGCACGGCUUCUUCCUUGUCGUCAACCACGGCAUAGACAGGAACUUGAUCACCGAUGCUCACGCUUUGAUGGAUGAUUUCUUUGAGCUCCCCCUGUCUCAGAAACAGAGAGCUCAGAGGAAAACAGGGGAGCACUGUGGCUAUGCUAGUAGCUUCACCGGUAGAUUUUCUUCUAAGCUUCCAUGGAAGGAGACACUCUCCUUUCAAUACUCAGCAGAAAAAAAACACUCACCCAACCUUGUCAAGGACUACCUUUGCAGUAAACUGGGUAAAGAGUUUGAGCAAUUCGGGAAGGUGUAUGAGAAGUACUGUGAGGCAAUGAGCAAUCUUUCUUUGGGGAUAAUGGAGCUUCUGGGGAUGAGCCUUGGAGUUGGCAAAUCGUAUUUUCGAGAAUUCUUUGAAGAGAACAAUUCAAUAAUGAGGCUCAAUUACUACCCUCCUUGUCAAAAACCUGACCUCGCCUUGGGAACUGGACCUCAUUGUGAUCCAACAUCCUUAACCAUUCUCCACCAGGACCAAGUUGGUGGCCUCCAAGUUUAUGUUGACGAUCAGUGGCACUCAGUUACCCCAAAUUUCAAUGCUUUUGUCGUCAAUAUUGGUGAUACCUUCAUGGCUCUUUCAAAUGGGAGAUACAAGAGUUGUUUGCAUAGGGCAGUGGUAAAUAGUAAGACAACAAGAAAAUCACUUGCUUUCUUUUUGUGUCCAUCAAGUGACAAGCUUGUGACGCCACCAUGUGAGUUAGUGGACAAUUUGAGCUCAAGGCUCUACCCUGAUUUUACAUGGUCCAUGCUCCUUGAGUUUACUCAGAAGCACUACAGAGCUGACAUCAGAACCCUUGAUGAAUUCACCAACUGGCUUCAACGGAAGGACGAUAAGAUUAUUUGAUGAGGGAAAGACAUUAAACAAGAACAAGCAGCAUUGAAUUGGAGUUUCUUCAUGUUUUGAGUAUGCUAAAAAAAUGUUUAAAAAAAAUCAAUAAGCAAAUCUUGUCAGGUAAUUUUGUAAUUUUAAUUUCAUUAUAUAGAAGGGUAUCUC